AUGGCCAAAUCCGAACCACCGACAUCGCGCGCACCGCGCCCACGAUGGGCGCUCCACGUCCAGGCCCAAUUCUGGCGGGUGCUCAUGGGAAUUGGCAUGAUGCUGCACCGCAUGGCAUCGCCGCGCCCGCCCAAGCCGUCCUUCACCCGCACCGUACCCACCACCGUGUCGCCGAUCAAGGGCGAGUUCAAGCUCCAAUUCUACGUGCCCGAGGACUACAGCCUGCAGAAGCGAAUGAGGGAGAAGCGGUUCCCGGUCGUGGUCAACUUCCACGGCGGCGGCUUCACGCUGGGGCAGGCGACGGACGACGCCCGGUGGUGCGCGACGGUGGUGCGAGAGGUGGGCGCCGUCGUCGUCAGCGUCGACUACCGCCGCGCGCCCGAGUACGCCUUCCCGACGGCGGUCGAGGACGGCGUCGACGCCAUCCUCUACCUGGCCGAGCACGCCGAGUCGCUGCUCAUCGACAUCGAGCGCGUCGCCGUCUCCGGGUUCAGCAGCGGCGGCAACAUGAGCCUGACGGUGCCGCUCCGCCUCCAGGGCGAGGUCGUGCCCGAGCCCGCCGACGCCGAGACGCCCUUCGGCAUGAGCCCGGCCCCCGGCUCGACGGACAACAUCCCGCAGAAGGCGCUGAGCCGCGGCCGCACGCUCGUCAACGUCCGCCGCGAGCUGCGCCUCAAGGCCAUCGUCGCGUGGUACCCGUCGACCGACUACACGGUCACGCGCGAGCAGCGCCGCAUGACGUGCGUCCGCAAGGACCAGGAGCUCCCCGCCGUCUUCACCCAGCUCUUCGACGAGAGCUACCUCUCGCCCCCCACCAUGGACAUGUCCAACCCUUACCUCUCGCCCGGCCGCGCCCCGGACGCCAUGAUGGCCGGCCUGCCCGAGGACGUCAUCCUCUUCACCUGCGAGUGGGACAUGCUGCUCGCCGAGGGCGAGCGCCUGCGCGACCGCCUCAGGGAGCUCGGCAAGAACGUCGUCUACACCAUGGUGCCCGGCGUGCCGCACGGCUGGGACAAGGCGCCCAACCCGCUGCGCCCGACCCCCGGCGUCCAGGCGCACUACCUGUCGGCGUGCAAGGAGCUGAGGCGGGUCUUCCACGAGGAGCUGCCCGAGGGCGCCAUCGAGAGGGAUUUGGAGGAGGACGAGGACGACGAGGUCGAGGUCGCCAGCGGUAGCGGUAGCGGCCCUAGCAGGUUGUCGCACACUUUUGGCAGGUCGUCGCAUACUUUCGGCAGGACGUCGAUGAGCCAUACGUCGAAUAGCCAUAGCCGCAGCAGGAGGAGAAGCGUCGUGAACUAA